UCUCUCUCUUUCUCUCGCGCGCGCACGUCUAGCCAAGUAUAACCAUUAUAAACGGACGGACGGACAGAUGAACGGGGCACGUUUUUCGGUGUCGCGCGCCUGUAUACGGUCUUGUUACGAUCGUCUAUAAGCAUUUCUUAUUGGUCGAAACAUUAGGACCAAUCAUAACGCUUUGUUAAUCGGAGCGCGCCAACGACGGUCACGCCGUGGCCCACUGCGGUAUACGGUCGAACUAAUCGCACGAGGAAAUUGUGAAAGACUAAAGCGUGAAAAAUUGACUGAGUUUUAUCUACACUUUCUUAUUUUUUUUCUUUUGUUUCUUUUUUGUACUUGCUGCGUAUGUAUGUGUAUGUGUAUGUGUGUUGUAUUUUUUUUUUGAAAUCAUUUUACCUUCUAUCGAUUAAAUUUUUUUUUCUUUUUUCUUUUUUUUCUCUUUAACUUUCAUACAUUAUAUAUAUAUAUAUUCGUUGCCAUGUUAUGUGCUAAUUCAAAACAUAUGUGCGAAAAUAUAAUAUCGAUCCGAUUGAUUUCUUCUUAUCAUUUCUCUUCUUUAUCAUGACCCAUUAUGAUAGUCAAAUAUUGCUUAUCACAUAGUUCUAUAAUCCCAUCGACUCUUCUCGCUAUGCCUUUUAUAUAACUGAGAAGGAAAUACGAUAUAAUACGUUUCGUCAGAUGUAGUUUGUAACAUUUUCACAGUGGAAAGGAAGCGUACGUUGUCUUUCGUUAAAACAAAAAUAAAACAAAACAAAAAAUAAAAAAAAAAGAGAAAAAAAGAUCGUUAAAUCAAGCUCUCGUAAUUUUUUUCGUUUUUCAUUUUCAUUUCGUUCGUCGUCGUCAAAUCAAUAAUGUUAUCGGAAACUAUACCGUUUUGUUCGAAGUAUUGGUAUCAUAUCGUUAUCUUAUUGUGCCUUUGUUAUUUCUACGAGGAUAUACAUCGUCGAAUUAAACGAGGAAUUUUGUCGAUUUUUACAAAGGUAUUUAAAUAUCCAGAUGGUAUCGGAACGGCGGAUCAGAACGAAGCGUUAGACGAGAAGGAGACGGAUAUUAAAGAUAACGAAGAUGAGGAAUUCAUGGAGUCUGCAUUACCGAAAGAUUUGAAACACGUAUCUUACCGAUAUGUUAAACCGAACGAAGAGCAAUUAUUAAUAAGAGCAAAUAAAUUUUAUGAAAUAACGAAUGCGAGAAGAACUGUAAGAUAUUUUAGCGAAGAAAAUGUUCCGAGAGAAGUGAUACGUUAUAUUAUCAAAGCUGCAGGUACUGCUCCCAGUGGUGCUCAUACAGAACCAUGGAGUUUUGUGGUAGUAUCGAACAAAACAAUGAAAAGUCGUAUACGUGAGAUCGUCGAAAGAGAGGAAGAAAUUAAUUAUAAAAAAAGAAUGGGAAAAAAAUGGACGUCAGAUUUACGUCCAUUGAGAACUAACUGGAUCAAGGAAUAUCUCACGACUGCGCCAUAUUUGAUUCUAGUUUUCAAACAGGUUUAUGGUUUCUUACCGAAUGGAAAAAGAAAGGUUCAUUAUUAUAAUGAAAUGAGCGUGUCCAUUGCCUGUGGUAUUCUUUUAACUGCCAUCGAGUACACAGGUCUGGUCACUUUAACUUCUACACCUUUAAAUUGUGGCCCAGCGAUACGUGCUCUACUUGCACGUCCCAUUAACGAAAAGUUGGUUUUAUUAUUACCGGUUGGUUAUCCUGCGAAGGACGCUACCGUUCCCGAUCUUCAACGCAAAUCAUUAUCGGAGAUCUUAACAGAAAUCGAAUAACAUUGGGUUGUCUGUUACAACUCCUUUUUUUUUUUUUUUUUUUUAAUAAAAUUAUUAUCAUUAUUAAUCUGUCAUCGUUAUUGAAGAUAUCUGUUUAAUAAGGAAAAAUAGGAAGAAAACAAAAAAAAAAAAAAAAGAAAAAAAAAAGAAAAACAAAAAAGAGUAUUCCGUCUUCCUUGCAAAAGUAAUAUAGUCUCUUAGACUUCUUUGUCAAGUUUGAUUUUAAGACGUUGGCUGGCAUAAAGUAAAAUAAAAAAGGAAAGAAAAAAAAAGAAAAUGAGAAACGCCCUUCCAAAAAAAAAAAAAAG